AUGGGUCCUUUGGGUCCUUUUCGCCUGGUCGACGAGGCGCUCCAAGUCUCCGUGCCGUCCGUACCCCGCGUCUCUGGCGUCUCUCGCGUAGCGAACGCGGCGAACGCGUGGCUUCAACAUGACGAGGUGCCGCAGUCUGCCCGCGCACUACACCGGAACUUCCUGGAGGUGGCAAAGUACACCGAGACAGGUCCGAGCAGAAGCGACAGCUCUUUUCUGUCGGAGCGACAGGAGAAGCCAGCCACCGAGCCCUACCCCGAGAACUGUCGGGUCGAACUGCAACCUGAUGAACCCCGAGCGUGUGAACAACCAUGGGUCAAUUGGUGCCAGGAUGAAUGCCGAGUCCAUUAUGGGACGAAGAAGAAAGCUUUGUACCACGAAAAAGAUCGAGAACAAUGCUACAAUGCCUGUAUCAGUCAUUGCGUCAUGGGCCGCGAUGCUGAAGGCGUGGUGUUUCGCUUUCCGGUGGCCUUGCAGGACACACCUGUGGACCUGUGGGCUUUGGGCACGUUCGGGCAUAGCCCAGAGGGUUUGGGCACGGUCGGGGAAGGGUUGAUCUACGAGCUUUUGGUGGGCCAUGCUCCUUUCUGGGGCUCCGUGGAGGAGAUUCGACAGAAGGUCCUCUCCGUGGACAUCCGCUACCCUCCACAGCUGCUCUCACCGGAGGCCGUUCAACUCUUCCACCUGCUGCUCCGUAGAGAUCCUCACAGUCGGAUCCCUGCUCGGCAAUUGCUACAGGAGAACGGAUGGGUUCAGCAAGGUUUGGAGGCCUUCAAAGCUGCAGGUCGCACUGAAGCAGCCUCCCCAGCAACAACGCGUGACGUGGGUCAUCGCUGCUUAGGAGCCUCCAUGGUAGACACCACCUUGAGCCGACAGAAAGAGAUACUUCGCUCCAAUCGCUGUGGCGCCUUUUCCACGGUGGUGGCGCCACAGAUUUCGCAGCCUCCAACAACGCCAUGCGCUGUGCCUCUCUCUGCUGCGUUGCCCAAUCACAUGGCGGCCAUGCAGGCCUCAGCCGCCAGUUCAGUUCUGCUGAAACCAAGGCCCUUGCAAGUUGGUGUGCCGGGAACUACAGGAAGUCAGGUCUCGCUAUGUGGAGCUGUCGGUCCGAGUUUGUGCUUCCUAGGCACCGCUAGGUGA